AUGCAGCCAAAUCAAUCAGAAAAUUUUAGAACUGAACAAGAUAAUUGUAACAUCUCUCAGUUUACCUUAUGAUAGGCAAUCAUACUUUACAAGGAUAAUCUGGCAGAUCGUUAUUAGAUAGUGGAUCAAGAUAAAAGCAAUAAACCAUUGCGAAAAUCAAAAAGGCUCUACAGAGCAAUAAAGAAACCUUGCGAACAUUGAGAGCUACAGAUUUAGUUUCAGAUAAUCCAAAAUUGUACAUAACUGAAAUUCAUACUCUUUUAUAGAAAUCGCACAGGCCAAUCCCAAAUUAAAUUGUCACAUUAUGGUCCUCAAUACACAGGCAAACCUCCUAAGAACAAGAAAAACAAAGAUGAGAGUCCUUUUCUCCUGGAUUCGUAAUCAGUAGUUGAAAUUGAUGGGUUUAGUAAUUAAGCUUGGAAGAACUACCCUCUAGAGAUUUUGAUGAUAAUUUUAAGAUUUAUUAGUUUCAUAACUAAAUCUAACUUUGCUACUAGUUUCAGACUCAUAAAUAGGAAUGUUUUUGACAUCAUUGGUGACAAGUCAGCCUAUUUUAGAUAUUAUUUAUUUAAUGAUUAUUUCAAAUAUGAAGUAUUGUUGUAAAUUAAUUUAAGAAACCAAGUCCAUAUGAAAAAAUGAAAUACUAAUUAAAUCAAUAAGUAUUUGUCCCACUUAGAAAGCUCAAGGUUUAUAAUUAUUUAAACAAAAACAAAUUAAUACUGCGUCCAGAGUCAAUAAUCGCAAUAGCUUGGAAUAUUUACAUAUUGACAAUUUUGAACAUGAACGUACUUUAUGUGAGUGCCAGAGUGGCAUUUAAAUUUGACACUAGUAAUUCACUGGAUGAUAUUUUUCAAUAAUUUAGAUGGGUGUUAUUUGAUGUACUCCCUUCCUAUUCUUUUAUUUUGGAGAUCCUAAUAAAGUUCAACACCUGCUAUUACUAUAAGGGAACUGUGAUAGAAAAUAGGUACCUCAUAGCCAAAAACUAUAUAAGAACAUGUAUCUCUAUAUUGUGAUAAUAUCUUUAGCCUUUUUUUUUGAUAUUUUUGUGAUCAUCCCCUUCUUCUUAAGUCUUAGAUUUUAAGUGGACUAUUUGGAUUUGGUCCUUAUUCUAAAAGUCUUUUAGAUUACUAAAUUUAGUGGAAAUUUGUUUGACAGACUUGAACUCACAUCGAGUUAAAUAGCCAUAUUCGAUUUGGUUAAAUUAGGAUACACUAUUUUGGCAGUAGCUCAUUUUUGUGCUUGUCUAUGGUUUUUAGUCGGUACAACAGGAAGUGAUUAGAACACUUGGGUUAUAAAAAAUGAAUUGCAAGAUGAACCUUGGCAUGCAUAAUAUUUAACAUCCUUCUACUUUAGUAUAGUAACCAUGACAACUAUUGGGUAUGGUGAUAUAACUCCAUAGAAUUUAAGAGAAAGGAUAUUCACAAUUGGAAUGACUGUGGCUGCUGUUGGUAUUUUUGGAUACUCAAUUGGUAACAUUAAUAACAUUUAUGCUGAUUGGAGUAGAAAGACAUAUGAAUUUAGACAAAAUAUGAAUGAUUUAAAGAAAUAUAUGAGAUUAAAGGGACUUGAUAAACACCUGGCUGAAAAGAUUAGAAAGUAUUUUGAAUACGUUUGGUGUGAUGCAGAAGAAGAAAAUGAUAGAGAAGCCUUUAGAUUUGCAGAAUAAAUUCCAGCCUAAUUAUUGGAGGAGAUGAAGAUAGAUAUCAAUAUGAAAAUUGUUAAGAAGAUUAAAUUUUUGACUGAAAAUUUUAGUGAUUAAUUUUUAAUAUAAUUGUCCAAAAAUUUGAUUGAAGAGAAAUUUGCACCUGAACAAAUUAUAUUUAAAGUACUUAUUUCAUAUAUGUAUAUCAUAGUAAGAUGAGGUAAGUGAUUAUCUAUACAUACUUCAAAAAGGAGAAGUAUAAUUUUAUGUUACACUGAAAAAUAAAUAAGAAUCAUAAAAAGUAUUGGAAUCAUAUUCAGGAGAUUCGUAGCCUUUUGGAGUUUUGGAGUUCUUUUAGUAGUAGAAUUAUUAAGUAUCUUGCAAAUCCACCUAAUUCACAUAUUUACUUAAAAUUCAUAGAAAUUAAGUCAUUGAUUUAUUACAAUAGAAUUCCAAAGAUUACGUAUUAAUGAUUGUUAUACUAGUCUACAUUUUGUUAAAUGAGAGAUUAAGUUGCCUUCUCAAAUGCCUAAGCAAUAGUUGAUGUUUCAUGUCGAGCAUGCAAUAAAACAUCUCAUGUAAUUAAAGAAUGCCCAUUGGUUUGUGGAUACCCAAACAGAUCAAAGGUUCUUUUGAAUUACAGAAGAAAUGUUCCAUCUGAUAGAAGUGUAUAUAGACGAACUUUGAAUAGGAGGGUUGAUACCUUAUUAGAAUCUCAUGAUGUUAAGAACAGUAUAUUAUUGUUUAUAUGCAAAAACAAAUUGAUUGAAGAACUUUAAUAUAAAACUGGUAUCAAUUGAAAGUAAAUUUAUAGACGAUGAAGAGUAGGAGGAAUCAGAAGAAGAAAGUUUAAACUCUUUUAAAGUAGGCUACAAGUUGACUAUUACACAAUAAAUUGAAUCAAAAAGACCAUUAUCCUUUUAGGGGUGUAAUGAUGCUUUACAAGAUGAAGAAUUAGUAAAUUUAAUAUAUAUCAUUACAAAGCAAGACAAAAUUAAGGAAAUUGUUAAAUAUUUCAAAAAAAAAUAAUUAAAUGAUGCAUCUUCAGAGUUAAAAUAAGGAAAUAAGUUGGAAGGUGACAAGACCAUGAAUUUUAAUUCAUUAAUGAAAGGGUCCGACACUCAAAAUUUGUACUUCCUUAAAUUAUUAUUAAGCCCUUAAGAUUAAGUCUAGUAGGACUCAAAUAGAAGAGGAUCGAGAACAACCCAACCCAAAGCUCGAAACUUAUUUGAUAUUGUUGUCCAAGGAUCAUUUUUAUCUCCUCAAAUUAAAUUGCCAUCAUAUGAAUAAUAGGCAUAUGAAGAUGAAUAUGGGAAAAAAAGAGGAUAGUAUGUAGAGUUAUUUGAAGAGUUUGAAAGAUUUAAAAAUUUUGAUAACUAUCUAAAACAUAACAAUCUGGCAGCAAUCAUCAGAAGAAGAGAGAGAAAAAAUAAAUAUAUAUGA